ACGCUAGUGGCGUAGCCGGGUCUUGUUCUGGAGCCUCGUCAGCUGCCGCGGAGUCGACGCCGCUGCGCUGGGUGUGAGCGGAAGCCUGUCAACGGGGGAAGAGGGAGCUAUGGGGGAAGCGGCCUGCGGCCCCUUCUACGCCUACUAGGAGUAACGCCGCGUCCCCCGGCCCGGUCUGCUCUGGCUGCUGGAGCCAUGGACAAAGCCGUCGGUGGCCAGAAUGUGAAACUGUCUGCUGAAGUAGAACCAUUCAUUCCUCAGAAGAAGAGUCCAGAUUCGCUUAUGAUGCCCAUGGCGCUACCAAACGACAGCGGAAGUGUUAAUGGCGUGGAACCAGCACCUAUUCCCAGCUACCUGAUUACUUGCUACCCAUUUGUACAGGAAAACCAAUCCAAUAGACAACUUCCAUUAUAUAAUAAUGACAUCAGAUGGCAACAACCUAACCCAAACCCUGCUGGGCCAUACCUUGCUUAUCCCAUUAUAUCUGCUCAGCCACCAGUUUCUACUGAGUAUACAUAUUACCAGUUGAUGCCAGCACCAUGUGCUCAAGUAAUGGGUUUCUAUCAUCCAUUCCCGGCACCUUUCUCCACACCCUUUCAGACAGGCAGUGCCAUAAAUACUGUUGCAGCAGAAUGCACGGAUCGUCCAACCCAGCCAAAUCAGGUCUUUCCAUUAUGUAGCCAGCGAAGUAGAAGCACCAAUAGGGGACCAGUUGUACAAAAACAACAGCCUUCACAGACCCACAUAAAAACCAAAAGGCCUCCAGUCAAAAGUGUUGCUACUCAGAAAGAGACCAGCGCAUCAGGCCCCGAGAACAGACCUAAAAUUGUAUUGCUGGUGGAUGCUUGUCAACAAACAGACUUCCCCUCGGAGAUAGCAAGCAAGUCACUGUCUGAGAGCGUGAGCACCAUGCACUGGAAACCAAAAAGCAGGCGGCGAAGAACAUCCCACCCUGCAGAAUCCUCUAGUGAGCAAGGGGCUAGCGAAGCAGACAUCGAUAGCGAUAGUGGCUACUGCAGCCCUAAACACGGCAACCAGGCUGCAGCUGUUACCUCAAGGAGUACCGAAGCGGCUGCAACAAAUGUCAUGGAACCAUCAGUACAUCCAGCUGGUGCCAGUUGGGCAAGUGUCAGUUCUCAAGCAACUCAGAAAAAAACAUGGAUAGAGAAAACAACUUUCUCAAGAGGUGGAAGGCAACCUGAACAGCAUAGUAGUUCACAGCCUACCUUUAGAUGUAGGGGACAUAGCACAUCUUCAGAAAGAAGACAGAACUUGCAGAGGAAACCAGAGAAGUCUGUAAUGGCCAGCCAGUCAAACAGAACAGAGCAGAGUCCUGAACCUCUCUAUUUUGAGGAUGAAGAAGAAUUUCCAGAGUUAAAUAGUGACAGUGGAAAUUAUAAAGGUGGCAACAUGCAACUGAAACAUGCACCCAAAGUGUUGGAUGAUUUACCUGAAAAUUCUCCAAUCAAUAUAGUACAGACGCCAAUUCCAAUCACCACUUCCGUUCCAAAGCGGGCAAAAAGUCAGAAGAAGAAAGCUCUGGCAGCAGCCCUGGCCACAGCUCAAGAGUACUCAGAAAUUAGCAUGGAGCAGAGGAAACUCCAGGAAGCAGUUUCAAAAGCAGCUGGAAAGAAGAGUAAAACACCCGUGCAGUUAGACUUGGGAGACAUGCUGGCAGCUCUGGAAAAGCAGCAGCAAGCUAUGAAAGCUCGUCAGAUCACAAAUACCAGGCCCCUCUCCUACACAGUUGGUAGUGCUGCUCCUUUUCACACCAAAGAAUCUGCCAACCGAAAAUCCUUAACGAAAGGGCAGCCAUCAAUGGGUUGCCUUAAUCCUUUGGAUUCCACUGCACCAAAAGUGAAACGAGGGAAAGAGAGAGAGCUCUCAAAGCUGAAGCGUCCUACAGCACUUAAAAAGAUUAUCUUGAAAGAAAGAGAAGAAAAGAAAGGACGCUUAUCUGUGGAUCAUAGCCUUGUGGGAGCUGAUGAAGAACAAGAGGUGAACCUGAAUCUGACUCCUAACCAGUCAGAAGAACUAGCAUCUCAAGAAGAAACUGGUCUGAGUGUGCCAAGUGACACCUCACUCUCUCCAGCAAGCCAGAACUCUCCCUACUGCAUGACUCCAGUAUCCCAAGGCUCACCUGCCAGUUCUGGUAUAGGUAGUCCAAUGGCAUCAUCAACUAUAACAAAAAUUCACAGCAAGAGAUUCAGAGAGUACUGUAAUCAAGUUCUAAGUAAAGAAAUAGAUGAGUGUGUGACUCUCCUGUUACAAGAACUUGUCAGUUUCCAAGAACGAAUUUACCAAAAGGACCCCACGAGAGCUAAAGCGAAGAGGAGGCUUGUGAUGGGUCUGCGUGAGGUUACCAAGCAUAUGAAGUUAAACAAGAUCAAGUGUGUCAUCAUUUCUCCCAAUUGUGAGAAAAUCCAGUCAAAAGGUGGACUAGAUGAAGCUCUGUACAACGUAAUAGCAAUGGCACGGGAGCAAGAAAUCCCUUUUGUCUUUGCCCUUGGACGUAAAGCUCUUGGUCGCUGUGUGAACAAGCUGGUUCCAGUUAGUGUGGUAGGAAUCUUCAACUAUUCGGGUGCUGAGAACCUCUUCAAUAAAUUGGUGUCACUGACAGAGGAGGCCAGGAAAGCCUACCGAGACAUGGUUUCAGCAAUGGAGCAAGAGCAGGAAGAGGCCUUGAAGAACAUUAAGAAGGUGCCCCACCAUAUGGGACAUUCUCGAAAUCCUUCUGCAGCAAGCGCAAUUUCAUUCUGCAGUGUUAUUUCAGAGCCCAUUUCAGAAGUGAACGAAAAGGAGUAUGAAACAAAUUGGAGGAGCAUGGUGGAAACCUCAGAUGCGUUGGAAACCUCUGAAAUUGAAAGAGAGGCUUCUUGUAAGGUGGUUGCUCCUGAAAAACCUGGCAGCAACAAGGCCGUUGCUAAUAAGCAGCUAUCUCUAGCUACUGUUGGGAUCAUCACAGUCACAACACAUGGGAAAGCACUAAGCGGAAAAGAGGAAGUGAAGCCAGAUGACAAUCUGGAAUGGGCCUCACAGCAAAGUACGGAUACAGGAUCUUUGGAUGGCAGCUGCAGGGACAUUUUGAACUCCUCCAUGACCAGUACGACCAGUACCCUCGUCCCAGGAAUGCUUGAAGAAGAGGAUGACGAGGAGGAGGAGGAAGACGACGACUACACCCAUGAACCUAUAUCUGAAGAAGUUCAACUCAACAGCAGAAUCGAAUCUUGGGUCUCAGAGACUCAACGGACUAUGGAAACGCUUCAGCUUGGGAAGAGCCUUAGCGGUGCAGAGGAUGAUAACGUUGAACAAAGUGAGGAGGAAGAACUCGAAACGCCUGAACAAGUCGAUUCGGUUAUUGACAGCGAGGAAUGGACAACGGAUAAGCAUGCGAGCAAAGCCCAGCCGAAGCCUGCUGUCUGCAGUUCCCUGGAUACAAAGAAUACAGACUCAAAUUAUAUACCAUAAAUUUAAGCACAAACUCAGGAAACUUUAAUAUUUUAAAACUAACUGUUGUAAGGAUUGCAGCCAUUGCUUUUUGUGCUUCAUCUCAGCAUUUUGCACUGUGUAAUGUUUAAUAUGCAUAUUUAACUCACAACAUAAUUUUUUUUUGUAGCGGUCUUUAUUACUUUUUCCAUUAAGAACUAGAGUGCAUGUGUGUAAUGACUAUUUAUAUCUUUCCCAGAACUGUCAAUGUGUGCUGAAACUGUCAAUAGGCAUCUUUUUGUACAAGACACUAUUCAAAUGACCAUUUUUAUGCAAAAUUUAUUCUAUAACUUUAAAAUUCUUACACUUUUUAACCUGACAGUAGUGACCUGUAUUUGCUCUGUCAUUAUCUUACCUUGAAGGUAUUUGGCAAUAGUGUACCAAAAAUUAAGCCAGAAGUAAUCUUUGGGGGAGCUUGAAAGAUGCCUAUAAUGAGAUUAGAAUCUUUACAAAAGAUUUGGAAAGAUUAACCAGUAACUUAAGUUCAAUACAUCUUCUUACCUGUCUCUUGGGAUAUGUGUUUCAGAAAUACACUCUUGAGAUGCUGGCUAUAAUCAGCUGAAACCAUUUGGCAAGGCACUUUGGAAAAGAGAAAUCUAUUUCUUUUCCAAUUGACUACUUUAACAUUGUCACUGUGCCUGCGGACUGCAGCAAGGGACCCAUUGGUUUUUUUAACUUUACUGUCUUGCAGUUCUUAAGACUGUUUCUUAGCUCUUUCACUUAUCUCAGGAAUGCUAAUAUGAAUGCAUAAAUGCCAUGUAAAUACAAAAACCCAAGUUAAAAUCAGAUAUUGACCAUUCAGGAGAAAGUUUAAUGGACAUAGAAGCUCAGUUUACCUGAUCACCUCUUAACAUUUUAGGAUGGGAUCAGUCAUGAAAGUUGGUUCUUGUUGAGAAUGUGAACUCUUCUAUUUUGUAGCAAUUUGUCUCAUUAGGAGCAGAUUUUCAUAAAUGUAAGGUUAGAAGUGCAUCAGUAGGAGGCAAUCUAUUGAUUUAAGGGGAAAUUCGCACUACUUUAUUUUAAUAUUACGAUUGAAAGCUUUGCCUAAUGUUUGCUUGGAGUCUGAGUUUUCCAGCUUUGCCUAUUGCAAAAUGUCAUUAACUGCAUCCAGAUAAGCUGCAUUUUUUAAAAAAAACCUUGAAUGGUGAAUUUAGAAGAGUUGAUAUCCAUUUGUACGCAAAAUAACAAGCUUUAUAAAAAUAUGUACUUCCCAGUAAUACGUAUUUUACAGUUGGGUUUUUCAUUUAAUUAUUUGGGACCAAUAGCAUUAUCAUCUUCAACACAAGCUUUUUUUAUAUUGUACAGAAAAAACUCUCACUGUUUUAAGAUUUAACAUUGUCAUCCAUUGCUAAAGAAUGUAGCACAAUAGGCCAUCUUGCGUUUUUGUUUGAGUAACGCUUUGGGGGUGUGUGGGGGUGUGAAUGACACAUGACUUGCUAAGUAGAAAAAGUGUUGCGAGUUCUGAUAGGACUACUUACGUCCUGUCAUUUUUGCAUGGUGUCCACAAAUUGGCAUUUCUGUACUGUCCGCCCCGCUCAAAUGGCUCAUUCCUGUUUAGGUACCUUUUGAAAUGUUUGUCUUCUUUUCUGAACUUGGUUUGUCCUUUCCCGGUUUACAUAAAAGAAAGUAUAUAAGUACAUUCAGUUUUCUCAAGUGUCAAUUUCAAAUUCAGUUAAGGCAUUUAAUAUUUCCCAGUUUGCUACUAGAUGUGAACUUUCCUGUCUAAAAAUUGCAUCAGAUCUCCUCAGGGCAAACGGAAUAUCAGUGAAGGCAGCCAUCAUUAUAAAAUGUUCAUUUUGAUCAGUGGCAGUUGAGCACCAAUUGGGAAUAGAAUGUCUGUUUGUAUGCUUAUGAAGUAUGUUAGACUGUAUUCCAUAUUAGGAAAGUUGUUGUUUUUUUCCUGGUGCGGUCGAUGAGGUAUAUGUAAUUCUCCUGUCUUCUGUAAUCAGCAUCUGUGUUCUGUUCCUUUUGAUAAGUUAUCUUCCAAUGCCAUGAUAGUUCUUGGGUUUUUUAAAAGUAUCACAACUUCUAUAUUGGCAUAAACAGUAGGUUCUUAUACUCUGAAAGGCAGUUUCUGCUAUCAUAUAUGUAGAAAUUUAGGAUAGGUUCAGCAAAUAGUUGCUCUUUUUAAAAUUCCGUUUACUGAAUGUUAAUAGAGUUGAUGGCAGAAGAUGGGGCUUGGGAGGGGAGUGUAUAGUGGCUUAGAAUUUCCUUAAAAUUAUUUGCUUGAGGUGACUGUGUAGAAAGUAUUUAUAAGGAUCUCCAGUAUUUGUAUAAAAAUAGCUUACCAUGGAAAAUGGAACACACGGUGGGGCUGAUGCACUUAGGCCUUGGGCAGGCCAAACAAGAGUAUGGGAUUUGUAGGUUGCUAAUACAAUGCAUUAUUCCAAGUGUGUAUUUAUGGUAGCCCAUGAACCCCAUUGAAUAUAUUCUUCCCCUUGUCCCACUGCCCCUCCUAAUUUAAAUUUUAAAUGGCAUGUAUUUACUGACUUGAAGCUUGAUUGGUGACUGAUGUAGUGUUUAGCGCGCUGUUUUUAAAUUGAAAAAGAUCCUUUUGGUGCACAUGUGUGAAUUUUAAACACAACACUGGGAGAUACCUUGGAAGGUUCUUUGGGUGGUGGAUGUACACAGUGUAAUUGAUUCCAGUUUUUCAACAGGAAGCUCUUAAAGUUUAAUCGCAUGGAGGCAAAAAGUUUUGUUUGAAAAGCUGCUGUUUGCUGAAAUUGUCAUAGUAUUUUUUGUGUGAAGUUGUGCGAACUAAUCAAGAUAUUCAGUCGAUUUACCAGAUUUUAAUCACUAAUUCAGUAUGAAGCCUUUGAAAAAUAAGUAACAAAGCCAUAAAUGGAAAUUAUACAGCUUUAUGCCCAUUCCUACAGAAACAGUAAGAAAAUGUCAGAAAAAAUCUUAAACAAUUAACUGUAAAAAAAAAAAGUACAUGGCACAGCCCAAUUACUGUUCAUAUGUGGUUAAUGUAUUUUUAAAUACUAUAAUAAAGUAAUGUCUGUUAAUCUUUGAUACUUGUACACUUGUAGUAACAGAACUUAGGUUUAAAAUAGAAAAUCAUUAUGAAAUUACUUCAUGAAAAGGUUCUGUCUGUGUUCUCCUUUUAUGAAGGAUAAUUCUGUCUACCAUACUUUUUUGGAGUAAUAACAGCUUUUUGCACUAUGUAAAUACCUAGUGGGGGUUCUUCCAUAAUGAAUAAAAAUGAUUAUAAAAAAUAGUAGUGUGAUAUUA